GUGCGCACGCUACCGGUCCCGAAGCCGGUUGCAAAAAAUAAAUAAUAAUAAAAAAAUUUUAAAGAAAAGAAAAGGAAAGAAAAAAAGAAAAAGCUCAUCCAGGUGCUGCUGAUUCUGAUGACAUUUUUUCCACUUCGGGAGAAAAGAAAGGAUUUUUUUUGUAUUAAAAAAAAUUAAAGGCAAGAAAAAAAGAGAAAGAAAAAAAGAAAGCAAGAAAUGCGUGCGCUGUUGGUGAGUCUGUGCCUCGCGCUGCUGGUGCUGCUGCCGGUGCGCGCGUGCGGUCCGGGCCGCGGUUACGGCCGGCGGAAGCACCCGAAGAAGCUGACUCCGCUCGCGUACAAGCAGUUCAUCCCCAACGUGGCGGAGAAGACGCUGGGCGCGAGCGGGCGCUACGAGGGCAAGAUCACGCGCAACUCGGAGCGCUUCAAGGAGCUCACGCCCAACUACAACCCGGACAUCAUCUUCAAGGACGAGGAGAACACCGGCGCCGACCGGCUCAUGACCCAGAGAUGCAAAGACAAGCUGAACUCGCUGGCGAUCUCGGUGAUGAACCAGUGGCCGGGGGUUAAGCUGCGCGUGACCGAAGGAUGGGAUGAAGACGGCCACCAUUUCGAGGAGUCGCUUCACUACGAGGGCCGAGCCGUGGACAUCACCACGUCCGACCGAGACAAGAGCAAAUAUGGCACGCUGUCGCGUUUAGCCGUGGAGGCCGGCUUCGACUGGGUGUACUACGAGUCCAAAGCUCAUAUCCACUGCUCCGUUAAAGCAGAGAACUCUGUGGCAGCAAAGUCGGGUGGCUGUUUUCCCGGCUCGGCUCACGUCCGCCUGAAGGAUGGCGCGAUGAAGAAAGUGAAGGACCUGAAAGUGGGAGACGAGGUCUUGGCAGCAGAUGAGUCUGGGAACCUUGUCUACAGUGAGUUUAUCAUGUUUGUGGACCGUGAUGAUGUCAGGAGACGAGUGUUCCACGUCAUCGAGACCAGGAACCCGCCGACAAGGAUCGCGCUCACCGCCGCGCACCUGCUGUUCAUCGUCCAGAACUCUACGCUGACCGAGAUGUUCGCCAGCGACAUCACACCGGGACAGGAAGUGAUGAUACUGGAUGAGGGAGGACACAGUCUUCGUGCAGUCAUGGUGGAUCGGAUUUACGAAGAAGAACAUGAGGGAUCCUUCGCGCCGCUCACAGGUCAUGGCACCAUCGUGGUGGAUGACAUCCUCGCUUCAUGUUACGCUGCUGUACAGAACCAGAAGCUGGCACACUUAUCGUUCGCGCCUGUCCGCCUUGUCCACAAGGUGGCACCAUUUUUGUUCAACAGAUCAGUCCAGAAUGAUGGUGUGCACUGGUACUCUGACUUUCUGUACCGAAUCGGGACACGGAUUUUAGGCGAAGCUGCUUUUCAUCCAAUCAGCAUGGAGGACAAGAGCUGAAAGACAAAAUGUCUAUAUAUAUGUAUAUCAAAGACUAAUGUAGGACACAAGACAAUGUUAGAAUAUGAAUAAAGAGAGACAAACAGGCCCCCUUUCCUGGAAGAGGAAAAAUAGGAGGGAUAUUUAUUAUUUUACAGACACCAUCUCAAAAAAAUGGAAAAAAGAAAGAAAUGGAGCCUUAAAUGUGUCCUGAAUAAUUUAUUCACACGUGAACUCCGGCUGCUGAUCUCUCUCUCUCUCUCUCUCUCUCUCUCUCUCUCUCACACACACACACACACACAUAUAUACAGGAUUGUGUUUCAGCAUGUGUGUACCAUCCGGACGUGCAGAAUCUAUUUUUAUAUACUUCAAGAAAGAAAGAAAAAUGAAUGAAAAAUGUUCUGUGCGACUAGGGCAUGUGCUGAAC